GGUGGGGGCAGCAGAGCGAGCAGGAUGAACACAGCCUGCCGUUAAUACCCGAGUAGAAGAAGAGGCAGAAGCGGAAGUGGUGUUCGUGUGUCCUUGUGAGUCAGAGAGGCUAACGGCUAACGGCUAACGGAUUAUAAAGAUCAUAAAGAUGAACAGACACGUGUUUGGUCUCCAGCAGCUGGUGAGGAGGAGCAUCUGCAGCUCGGCCCGCCGGCGGGUCGACAACAAGGUCCCCCAGAAACAGAAGAUGUUCCAGGAGGACAACGGGAUGCCGAUUCAUUUAAAAGGAGGCAGCGUCGAUGCUCUGCUGUACAGAACAACGAUGGCCCUCACCAUCCUGGGAGCCGGAUAUGUUGUGUAUGAACUGGUGAAGGCGGCGUUCCCUCAGAAGAAAGGCUAACUCCACCGCUACAGCUGUUUACCUACUUACAUUUUAAAACCACCGGCCAGCCGCUCUAUAUUGUGUAAAAAACCUAGAUGCUAAUCCUCCGUCUGUGCCGGGCUCUGUUUCCUGUCAUGAUGGGAUGUUGUUUUAUGUUCAUGGGAUCAAUAUUUAUUUCUUGCACUCUGUGAUAACCUGAGGAUCAAUAAAAAAAAUACCUCUCAUGACCAAAA